AUGUCUCCAUCCGAUUUACCAGUCGAGAUUCUCACCAAGGCUGCUGGCUUUGUUUCAAAAUACGAUCUUCUUCAAUGUACAUACGUUUGUCGAGCAUGGAAAGAGCCCUUCCAGGAUGUUUUUAUGCAAGAGCUUGUUUUAUCCGGUACAAGAACGAUCAAUAAUGCAGUAAAUCCAUCUGCAAAUAUAUACAGCCAAUACCAAAGAUAUGGCCAUCUUGUCCGAAGAUUAACUCUGAAACCAAAAAGAUUAACAGCAAACGAGAAAUUUCUGAUACUUCAACAACACUUUCCGCACAUCAGAUCUCUCUGUAUCUCUGAACUCGGAUUAGAUAAUAGUCUACAAGCAGAUUCAUUUGAUUGGAGCUCAUGGGGAAAGAUAACAGAGCUGGAUAUAACCAUCCGUCUUUAUGGAAAUACAAACCCACAAAAUGAGUCUCUCGACACACUAAGAUCCUUUCGUAAUCUUCGAAGACUGUCGUUUCUUUCAUGCAUCGAGAUAAACUCAUACGGAAUAGAUAUAUUUGACUAUGGCAAGGUUGGAUUUGCAUUUCAUAACAUCGAGACUCUUCACACAUAUCUUCCUCAGCUUGAAUAUCUGAAGCUAGAGACGGGAUUUGGAGUCUUUUCAAAAGAAGACUUGAUGGAUAUCCAAAACAUAUUACCAGCAAAGAAAAUGAGCACACUGAUAAUUACAAGUGGAAACCUUAUCGUUCCAUGGUUGUGUUACUUUGCUCAAAAGUAUCCCAAUCUCAAGAUGCUUGAGCUACAGAGUGGAAAGGCACCGCGUACCUUGUUCGAGCCCAAUGACCCGUACACAGAAAUAGCAAUAUCAAGAUUCCUAAACACCUCCUCUGCAUUCAACCAUUUGCACAAAAUCAUGAUUAAGGAGUAUGAUGUCCAAGAAAGAAUAUUUCCUGUAUUUUGGAAGAUUCUCAGUCCGUCAAACACAACCAUCAACUCAGUAUCCUACAUCACAAGAUAUACAAAGAACAAUUGGGAGCACUUUAAGAAGAUUAUAAAGAUACCUUCUGGCGUACGCUCCACAACCCUCAAGGCACUUUUUAUUCAGGCAAGGACCAACGAUGCCAUCGCAGCACCGAUUACAGGAGUAGUUGAACUGUGCCCUAACUUGGUAUAUUUGAACCUUGAAUGCGAGCGAGAAAAGGUGGAGCUGGAUGUUAUCUUGGAUCAGUGUUCCAGAAUAAGAAAACUACGGAUCCAUGGCGGGCAAUUGGUUACCAGUAAAUAUGCAACUCUGGAUUCACCAGUACAUGGCCUCGAGCGCAUAGAUAUGCUGGCACUAAAGGUGGACUGUACCGUCUUUUCGUACAUUUCUUCCCGGUGCAGAAGUCUGUCACACAUGAACCUUCAGUAUAUGCGCAUAUAUGGAUUCUCACAGGAAACACGAGAGCUCUGUAUUUCUAUGCCACAUACUAAGCUCUCGGAACUUUUGCUUUACGCUGUAAGCCUUCACUUGUCAGACGAGCACCCAAGAUCAGACACAGACAUCAAAUUUAUCCUGACUCCAAAAGUGGAUAAUUCAGAUAGGUCAGAUACUACAACAGUGGAUCGCAUUUCUUCAUACACCUGGAGAUACAUGUUCUGGGUCAGCUGUGCCUACACAUACCGAAAGACCGAUAUGCGUGAGAUGGACAAUGAAGAAGUUGAACAUGCCACACAAUACUUUAACCAAUUCAAGCCUAGAAACAGUAUUGUGAACGGACUGGAGAAACACAUGGCUAUUGAAGGAUGCUCGGAUAUCUAUGAAUGGGAAAAGGAUCUACCGAAUGGAUAUGCAAUAUUUGAGUGCCUUGCGCAAGCUCUUUUAAUAGCUUUGACUAUUACAUCAUUACCUUCCACUGUGAACCUUGAUUCAUCCGAUCAUACUACAUCUUUCCACUGGUCAAAGCUUUCUGUUAAGGCUGGCUUAUGGGAUGUGAUAUAUGAUCCAAAGCCCAAACAUUUGAGACAGACAAUUGCUGCUGCUGCUGCUGCUGUUGUUGUUGUUGUUGCUGUUUUUUUACAGACAAGUAUUUUCCUUUUCUUUAAAGAGCCUCUCACUUUAGAAUAUGAGGCAAGUCUUUUGAACCCCUUUUCCAUGCUCUGUAAAUCUCAUUUAAUUCACUCUCUUAAUGAUGUACUGGACAUUGGACAGGCUCAUGUCAACAGCCGAUGA